UGAAAGUUUAGUUGAGCUGUUGUGUGUUUGUGCCUCUGUAUUCAUGCAGUAAAAUGGCAGAAGCCAGAUUUUCUCAGGAUGAGUUGACGUGUCCAGUGUGUCUGGAUCUCCUGAAGAAACCAGUGACCAUCCAGUGUGGACACAGUUACUGUAAGAGCUGUAUUACAGGCUUCUGGGAUCAGGAGGAUCAGAAGAAAGUCUACAGCUGCCCUCAGUGCAGACAGACCUUCAGUCCAAGACCUGCUUUAGCUACAAACACCAUGCUGGCUGAACUGGUGGAGAAACUGAAGAAGACCAAACUUCCUGCUGACUGUUACGCUGGAGCUGGAGAUGUGCAGUGUGACGCCUGUACUGGAACAAAAUACAAAGCCGUCAAGUCCUGUCUGGUGUGUCAGAACUCUUACUGUAAGAAUCACCUUGAACAACAUGAGAGUUUCUUUAAAGGAAAGAGACACAAUUUGACUGAUGCCACUGGACGACUGCAGGAGAUGAUCUGCCAGAAACAUGAAAAACAUCUGGAAAUGUACUGUAUUACUGACCAACAAUUCAUUUGUAUGCUGUGUACAAAAUAUGAACAUAAAAACCACAACACUGUAUCAGCUGCAGCACAGAGGACAGAGAAACAGAAGCAGCUGAAGGAGACGCAGAAGACGUUCCAGCAGAGAAUCCAGCAGAGAGAGAAAGAUCUUCAGCAGCUGAGAGAGGCUGUGGAGUCUCAUAAGCGCUCUGCACAGACAGCAGUGGAGGACAGUGAGAGGAUCUUUACUGAGCUCAUCCGCUCCAUUGAGAGAAGCCGCUCUGAGCUGAUACAGCUGAUCAGAGAUCAGGAAAAGGAUGCAGUGAGUCGAGCUGAAGGACGACUGGAGCAACUGGAGCAGGAGAUCAAUGAUCUGAGGAGGAGAGACACUGAGCUGGAGCAGCUUUCACACACACAGGAUCACAUCCAGUUCCUGCAGAGUUUCCAGUCUCUCUCAGCACCUCCUGAAUCUACAGAUGAAAAUGACGAUCCCUUCAGUUCUUUUGUCUCUUUUGAUGACCUGAGAGAAUCUGUCCAUCAGCUGAGAGACAAACUGGAGGAUUUCUGCAAAGAGGAGCUCAAGAGGAUCUCAGACAGAGACACUUUCACCAGCAUUGUUCCCAGAACCAGGAACGACUUCCUACAAUGUAAGUCAGUAAGAAAACAAGCAGAAAAACUCACUGAGUGUGUUCAUGUUCUUCCUGUAGAAGAUUCCCAUCAGCUCACUCUGGAUCUGAACACAGUGAAUAAACACCUCCAUCUGUCUGAGAGCAACAGAGUGAUUACUUACACUGACACAGUCCAGCCGUAUCCUGAUCAUCCAGACAGAUUUGAUCAAUGGCCUCAGGUGUUGUGUAGAGAGAGUGUGUGUGGACGCUGUUACUGGGAGCUGGAGUGGAGUGGAGAGAGAGGUGUGUUUAUAUCAGUGUCAUAUAAGAGCAUCAGCAGGAAGGGACAUCAUAAUAAGUGUUUGUUUGGAACUAAUGAUCAGUCCUGGAGUUUGUACUGCAGUCCUUCCAGUUACUCAUUCAAACACAAUAACAUAUGGACUGAUCUCCCUGUAAAGCCCAUCAGCAGUAGAAUAGGAGUGUUUGUGGAUCACAGUGCAGGAACUCUGUCCUUCUACAGCGUCUCUGACACAAUGAGCCUCAUCCACACAGUCCAGACCACAUUCACUCAGCCGCUCUAUCCUGGGUUUUGUGUUCGUUCUGGAUCAUCAGUGAAACUGUGUUGAAGAAUCAAAACAGACUGACAAGAGAUUCUACCCAACAUGCUUUGAGCUGCAUGAUAAAUCAGUAACAGUGAGAUGAUAUAGAAUCUCUUUUCAUGACAUUAAUACUGCAGCUGAACAUCUGUCACUGAAAUAACGUCACAUUUCGGAGACGUCUAUUAGAUGUCUUUAAGAUGUUUAUGAUUUAGAAUGUAUGUAAAACUGACAUUCUAAAUCUAAAUCAGUCUGCCAGAUGUUUGUACACAGCAGAUGCUUUCCAGAUCAAGAGAUCUUUAACAGACAUCUUGCAGACAUGCAUGUGCUAUCUGGGGUAGUACCUCCUCAGACAUUACCCGAUUUUGGAAGUGCCAAAGCUCUUUGCAUUUACUUUAAUAAUAGCCAGGUGUGUGGAGACUAAACUUAAGAAUGAGGAACCUGCCAGACAUUAUCUUAUUACUGGGUGAUGUGAGAGUCUGUAGUAUUUACCAUUGGAAAAAGUGUAACCGCUAACUUAGAUCAUGUGAGGCACCUCAGCCAAUCAUAUAAUGGCAGUCAGAUGAGUCAGCUUCCAAACAAAAAACUUUUCCCACUCGAAAUUACACCUUUUGCAGUAGUCAAGACAAACUAAGGAGGUGUGAACAUGCCAGAAGUUAAAAGGCCACUACUCAGGGACCCAGGCUGUGUGACCUCCCCACCCUGGCAGGACUUUAAUCCAUGUUGCAAAUUUCCACCCAGGAAAGAACUCUCCCAAACACAACCAAGUCAGAGUAACAUCACUGAAGAUGUCAGUCUUCAACACAGAUGAACUCGAUCACAACUCCAGCACCAUCGAACAGUCAAACCAUCCAGACUUUCAUCCGAGACUACAUCUAGUCACUUGUUGCUGCCUAAUGGUUAGAGGAUCAGCACCAGCAGGACAUGUUGUGCCCUGUCCCAAAUAAAACACUUCAUGUGCACUUGUGGUCUUACGGACUUAGUUAUGUGUUUGUGCCUUAGUAUAAGAAAACUUGUGCACAAUCACAUGAAUAUUGAUUCUUUAAUUCCUUUUAAAUCAAGUCCAGUCAUCUUUGUUUAUACAGCGCUUUUUACAAUACAGAAUGUGCCAAAGCAGCUUUACAAUGUCAAACAGGAAAAUAGUGUCGAUAAUGCAAACUAUUCCAAUUUAUACAAAGUAUUAUGUGCCUUUUCUUGUGCUUCUGA